AUGAGGAAAUUAAAUGAAGAAGGAAAAGAAGACUGCUUUUUAUUUCUUUUGAACGAAAUAGCCUGGAGAGGAAAGAUUGGAAAUUUGGGUGUUUUGGACGCCAACCCGGAAAACGGCGCUAGGGAAAUUAUUCACGGACUUGCCCAGGUCAAUGUUGUGUAUUCUACGACUCUAUACCCAGUCAACUCUGAUUUCGGUUCAUUUAAUCAGAGACUGUUUUCAACUGAUCCUUAUUCUAUGUAG